CUGUGGGAUGGGAAGUGAAGCCCCAGCGAGCUGCAGCGGCGGGGCUGUGAGGAGCAGCCAGGGGGAGGCGGCGGCGGCGGCGAGUCGGUGAGCAGCUGGGAAGAGCGGAGCCGGGGCGGAGCACCUGCAGGCACGGGCGGCGGCUUCACCAUGGCGAUUCGCAAGAAGAGCACCAAGAGCCCCCCGGUCCUGAGCCACGAAUUCGUCCUGCAGAAUCACGCGGACAUCGUCUCCUGUGUGGCGAUGGUCUUCUUGCUGGGGCUCAUGUUCGAGAUAACAGCAAAAGCUUCUAUAAUUUUUGUUACUCUUCAGUACAACGUUACCCUCCCUGCAACAGAAGAACAAGCUACUGAAUCAGCGUUCCUUUAUUACUAUGGUAUCAAAGAUUUGGCUACAGUUUUCUUCUACAUGCUAGUGGCGAUAAUUAUUCAUGCCAUAAUUCAAGAAUAUGUGUUGGAUAAAAUUAACAGGCGAAUGCACUUUUCCAAAACGAAACACAGCAAGUUUAAUGAAUCUGGUCAGCUGAGUGCAUUCUACCUAUUUUCUUGUGUUUGGGGCACAUUCAUUCUCAUAUCUGAAAACUAUAUCUCAGACCCAACUAUCUUGUGGAGAGCUUAUCCCCAUAACCUGAUGACAUUUCAAAUGAAGUUUUUCUACAUAUCACAGUUGGCAUACUGGUUUCAUGCUUUUCCUGAACUCUACUUCCAGAAAACCAAAAAAGAAGAUAUUCCUCGUCAGCUCGUCUACAUUGGUCUUUACCUCUUUCACAUUGCUGGAGCUUAUCUUUUGAACUUGAAUCAUCUAGGACUUGUUCUUUUGGUGCUGCACUAUUUUGUCGAGUUUCUUUUCCACAUUUCCCGCCUGUUUUAUUUUAGUGAUGAAAAGUAUCAGAAAGGAUUUUCUCUGUGGGCAGUUCUGUUUGUGUUGGGAAGACUUCUGACUUUAAUUCUUUCGGUACUCACUGUUGGCUUUGGCCUUGCAAGAGCAGAGAAUCAGAAGCUGGAUUUCAGUACUGGAAACUUCAAUGUGUUGGCUGUUAGAAUUGCUGUUCUGGCAUCCAUUUGCAUUACCCAAGCAUUCAUGAUGUGGAAGUUCAUUAAUUUUCAGCUUCGGAGGUGGAGAGAACAUUCUGCUUUUCAGGCACCGACUGUGAAGAAGAAACCAACAGUGACUAAAGGCAGGUCUUCUAGAAAAGGAACAGAAAAUGGUGUAAAUGGAACAGUAACUUCAAAUGGAGCAGACUCUCCGCGGAAUAGAAAAGAGAAAUCUUCAUAAUGACUUAUAAUCUAAUGGAUUAAUGUCCCCAAAGAAAUCUGCUUUUUACUUAUAUCUUUCAGCACUAGAGAUUUUUUUCUGUUCUUGGAAAUACAGUUUGUGCUCUUUGA